UGUAAGUGAAUAUCAGUGAACACCUUGGCUAAAUUGCUCUGAAUUUCAGUCCCAUAGUUGUACAAUUAUGUAUUGAAAAUUGUAUUGAAAUAAACGAGAUUUUUUAAAUAAUUAUCUAUUUUGUGUGCUCUUGUUUAUUUACGAUUGUCGGAUAUACCUAGCAAUACUUGAGCAAGAAAGAUGGGUUUAUUAAGGUUUGCUAUCAAAAGCAGUAUAGCAGGAGGGUUGGUUUAUUAUACUGUCCAAGAAGGUCUGUGGUCUAGUUCUGAAGAUUCAGGGAAAUUUUACAACAAAUUGUAUAAUAAGAUUAGCCCAUUGAUCAAGAAAAAUAUACCUGAAGAUGUAAUACAAGAAAUACAUCACAUACCAAAUCCUUCAGAUCUUAAAACAUAUACUACUUUAUAUUGGAAUAAAGGAGUUGUAAUUAGUAUUAAGUUCCUGUCUGAAUUACCUUUACAUGUGUCAAAUGGUAUUGAAAAAAUUCAAAAAGAAAUAGAAAAAAAUAUUGCAGCUAGUGGUGAAUCAGUAGCAAUAACUGUAACUAAAUAAAUAUAUAAUUACUUUUUAUUUAUUCUUAGAACAAGUUUAUGUGAAAGAAUGACAUAGUUUGUUUAUAAUCAUGUGAUGCAAGUGUUAUGUUUAAAAGUUUUUGAAGAAUCAUCAUUGAAUAAAACUUGAACCAUUG